AGGCGGGAGGGAGGUAGGAAGGGAGGAGGGAGAGCCAGAGCAGGAACAGAAUGGCAAGCCCUUAGCUGGGGAGAAGCAGCGUUGCCACUCAAACCCCCUUCAUUCCCUGGACUUGGAUUUCCGAGGGAAGAAGCUGGUUUUCUUCCUUAGUUCCAGGGUCUAGGCAUCCGAAGCAGCCAGGGAAACUCCAAGCCACCUAAAGUCCCUGGCUGGGAGCUGUGUUCCCCUCCUCCACUCUGUCUCCCCUGCCCCCCCGGAUGUCCACCAUGGAGAGCAAGGAUGAGAUCAGCGACACAGACAGCGGCAUCAUUCUGCAGUCUGGCCCUGACAGCCCAAUUUCCCCAAUGAAGGAGCUGACCCAUGCCAUGCGAAAGCAGCAGAGAGCGCUGGAGGAACGUCUAGAGUUAUGUCUGGAGGAGUUAAAGAGACUAUGUCUUCGAGAAGCAGAGCUGACCGGCACACUGCCAAAGGAGUAUCCCCUCAAACCAGGAGAAAAGGCCCCCAAGGUGCGCCGAAGGAUCGGAGCAGCUUACAGACUGGAUGAACAGACCUUCCGAAGAGAGGACCCUCUGAGCAACCUGGAGCAGGAGCUGGCGCUACAGCUACAGAUUGCAGAGGCGGCCCGUCGUCUGUACAAAGAGGAGAACCUCACCAAGCAGAUCCGAAGACGGAGGAAGCAUGCGGUGCUGCAAGAGGAGAAGAAGCUUCGGGAGCUAGAACACAGCCUUAACGAACGGAGGCUCAGUAGUGGGUGUACACCCCUUUCUCCUGCCACCAUGCUCAGGGGAGAGCUGAGCACUUCUGAUGACAGCUCCCUGUCAGAUGCGGUGCUAUUGGAAGAAGAAGAAUCCCAGUUGUCAAAACCUGUUCCAGAGUCCCCGGCACCGCCUACCAGGUCACUCCCGCCCCAGCGACUGGAGGGGCUGAAGCCAGCAGGGCCUGAGGCUGGGGGUCCAGAGCGCUCUCCAAUCCAGAACAGCCCCUGGAAGGAGACAAGCCUGGAUCAUCCCUAUGAGAAACCCAAGAAAUCUCCCUCAGAACUGGAUAGCGAGUCCAGCAGCCCAGCCACGACACCCCAGGAUGGACCAAGCUCCCUCAGCUCCUGGGUGCUGGAUGCACCUGCAAAUCACAUGGUCCCACUCCGAAAUAUUCCUGGACAAGUUCAAGGCCGGGCGAGUGCCCCUGCUACCCCAGAGAUUCAGGGGAGACGGGGGCAGUCUCACUCUCUAAGGGUAGAUUCCUUCCGGGUGUGCCCAGAAGGCCGUGGCCGAAGUGCCAUCCCUCGCCGGCGUCCCACACACUAUACAGUGACUGUGCCUGACUCCUGCUUCCCUUCAGCAAAACAUCCCCUGCCCCACCCUGCCUGCCUCUCUGGCUCUGAAGACAGCAGCUCUGAUGUCUCCAGCAUUUCUCAUGCUACCUCUCCAGGCAGUAGCAGCCCAGACAUCUUCUUGCGGCCCAUGUCCCCAUCUGACCAGCUUUGUUCCCGGAGAACCUGGGUCUCAGCUGAUGGACGAGAGCUGGCAGCUUAUUAUCCUAAGCUGCUGCCCCCAUCUGGAUAUUUCCCAGCAGGGCGGUAUGUAAUGGUGGCUGACAGGCAAUACUUGCCCGCUGGAUGGGAGCUUUGCCACCUGGGACCUGGCACUAUCUAUGAUGAAGAUGGAACCCCUCUGCGCUACCAACGACUAGUGCCCUCUCACAGCCGGAUUGUGAGGACACCUUCCUUGAAGGACAGCCCUGCAAGCCGGGGACUCAGCAAAGCAGCUGUAUCAGAGGAACUCAAGUGGUGGCAUGAGCGGGCACGGUUACGUAGUGCCCGUCCACAUUCACUAGACCGGCAGGGGGCCUUCCGAAUGAGGAGCCUCCCUCCAGGCAGAGAGUCCUUUGGGAGAGUCAUGGGGAGAACACAGAUGCCCAUGGUCCAUGUGCUGAGGAGGACAUCUGAUGGAACCCCUAUGCAAGUCUAUGUGCCAGAGAAAGGAGAGGUCAUCAGCCAAGUGUGAUGCUACGGCUCCCCUCUCGUGGUUAUGGAGUGCUGCCACCCCACUGCUGGGAAGACUUUGGUCCAUUAAGGAGGGUGCCCUGGACUUUGGGGUUGGCCUCAGCCUGUACCCUGGCACCUCUCCUCAGCUCCCUAUACUCAUCGCAGGUCGAUGAGCAAGACCUCAGACUUCCUCUGAUUUUAGUUUAGGAAGCCUGGCCUGAAAUUUUAUACUUCUGUGUUAUUUUCAAAGAUGUUGUUAUGUUCUGCUUUAUCCCGUCUGUCUGUCUGUUACCAUGUUUAACCAUCUCAGUCAUGAGUGAGCCUCCUAUGUUAUGGUUGUUUAAGAGACUGUCAACAGAGGCCAACCAUGCCCAUGUCCCUGUGUGUUAGAGGCCAGGCAUCUCCAACACCGGCUGGGGGGUUUUGGGUAACAAGUGUCUCCAAAUUCUCCUGUCUCUGCAGGACUCACUAUCUUGAUGGGGAGGGCUCUCUCUCUCUGUUUUCUCUCCCUUAGUAAUGUGCUCUGUGAUGCACAGCCCAAGUGAUGGGUUCCUUAGCCCACAGAUCCACGUAGAAGAGCAAUUCCUCGUCAUUUAACCUGGAUGGAAGGAAGGGGAAAGAAUAAAAUGUGGCUGGUGUGACUCAGCUUCCAACUCUCCACUUCCCACCUCUACCUCCCACUGUGGAGCUCAUCAUUGUUACCUUCCCCGGCUGUAAGAUCUCAUCUUCGCCUUGGGCACUGCAUUUGGAGCUGUCCAUUGGGAAGGCGAAGUUUUGCUAUCCAAAUUUAGGGAUGCCCACCCUGGCUCCUGAUAGAGGUUGACUUUGCUCAGAGAGGGGAAUCUGUGUUGAUUGCACCAGCUGCUAUGGGGAGUAGAAGCAAACCUGUGCUAACACCCUGUUCUACUGCCCCCAGCAGCAAGCUGCAGAACCUGUCCCAGAACAGGAGAGCUAGAAAAGAAGUUCCAGUGCUAGGAGAGGGAUGCUUCAUACCUAGCAGCAACCAGGCCUCGGUUCCCACUAGGUUAUUAGAACUUGGGCAGACAGCUGAGAAUGUAUUUAGAGGCCCCAGGAUCUGGAUGCUAGACUGGAGGGGGGCAUCAGGAUCUUGGCAGGAAAAGAAAAGGUUCCCACCUAAUUGCACUAAGGGUCCCAUGGGGAGAUCCUGGGGAAGGGGAAGGGGAAGCAGCAGCCACAAGGGUGGGCUCCACAAUUCCACGUGCCAACUCACAUUCCUUUCCUGCUUCUUUUGGCUGGGUUUUGAUAAUUAGCCUUAACUCCUGGCCUUUUCUGGUCUCUAGAUGCCAUCUUUCCUCACAGCCAGAGCCCACUACUACUUCUCAUUCCUCUUUUUUUUUUUUUUUAAUCACCUCAUAGACUCUAUUUUCAUCUUCUCACCCUGAAAUAUCUCUUCCCUGAUAGUUCCCGUAGCUGAGCCAGCCAGGUCUCGGGGACUUCCCUAUCUCAGAGUCUUUCUCUGUUUAACUUACUGGUUCUCCUUAGCCCCUGAUGGCAUCGUAAAAUGGCCCUGUCCCCAGCUGCAGGGCUGGAACUGUACGGGGUGUAGUGUCAAAUUCUCCUGAAUAAAAUGUACUCUUUGUGAUCAUCUUA